GCCGCCGCCGCCUCCUCCUCCUCCCUCCGCCCCCCGCCGCUCCCGCCCGCCCCGCCGCCCCUCCGAGUCGGCGGCCAAGAAAACCCAGAGAGACCUGGCGGCUGCCGGAGAAGGGGGAGCCGCGCGGCAGGCGGAGCGCCCCGCAGCCCGCCCGAAACUUGGCGAAGUUUGUCCGGCGGCGGAAACCAGGAGGCCGCGGCGCCCGGCAGCCGCUUGCGACCGGCGGCCGGCGAGUAUGUGCGAGGAGCGGGCGGCUCGCCGCGCCCCCGCGGGCGGAGCGGGGCGGCUGUGAGCGGGGCGGCCCGCGCCCUCGGGGCCUCCCCGCAGCGCCUGAGCCGCCCCGGACCCCGUCCCGCCCGACCCCGCACCGCGCCGCGGCGGGCAGCCCCCCGAGCUCCGCGGGCGGCGAUGGCUUCGGGAGGGCUCUGACCGCCGCCCCGUCCGGGGCUCGCCGCCGCACCGAAGACCGCCGAGGAGCAUCGCGCCCGCAGCGGAGCAAGGACUCCCCCCCUCCCCCCGCCCCGCGUCGCUCGCCUGCCGCCGGCUCCCGCCCUCGCCGUCGAGACUUCUCAGCGGUCCCGCCUGGACUCCGGCCGCUGCCGCUCGCGGGGAGCUCCGAGGAAGAGCCCUGGCCCGGAGAUCGGCGGCGCGGAAAGAGGCUCCGUGGCCCGGGCGGGGAGCGGCGCCCGUCCCGCCCGCGCCGCCCGCCGCAGCGCCCUGACGGCCGGGCGCCGCCGCCGCUCGGCAGCGCCCCGCGCCCGGAGCGGGGCCGCCGGGGGCCGCCGCCCCGCACCCGCCGGAGCCGGUGCCACCGCGCCGGGGCACCCGCCGAGAUUGCUUUUGGAGGAGCGGAGCGCGGCGGGGGCGAGGAGGAGGAGGAGGAGGCGGGAGAGGCGCCCGGAGGAGGCGGCCGCCAGCGCGGGGCGGGCGGCGGCUCGCCGGGGCGGCGAGGGGACACCAUGUCCAAGCCGGUGGAUCACGUCAAGAGGCCGAUGAACGCUUUCAUGGUGUGGUCGCGGGCGCAGCGGCGGAAGAUGGCCCAGGAGAACCCCAAGAUGCACAACUCGGAGAUCAGCAAGCGCCUCGGCGCCGAGUGGAAGCUGCUGACCGAGUCGGAGAAGCGGCCCUUCAUCGACGAGGCCAAGCGGCUGCGGGCCAUGCACAUGAAGGAGCACCCCGACUACAAGUACCGGCCCCGGCGGAAGCCAAAGACGCUGCUCAAGAAGGACAAGUUCGCCUUCCCCGUGCCCUACGGGCUGGGCGGCGUGGCGGACCACGAGCACCCGCACGGGCUGAAGGCGGGCGGGCUGCACGGCGGCGCGGCCGGCGGGCUGGUGCCCGAGUCGCUGCUGGCCAACCCCGAGAAGGCGGCGGCGGCCGCCGCUGCCGCCGCCGCCCGCGUCUUCUUCCCCCAGUCGGCCGCCGCCGCUGCCGCCGCCGCCGCCGCUGCCGCCGCCAGCAGCCCCUACUCCCUGCUGGACCUGGGCUCCAAAAUGGCCGAGAUCUCCUCCUCCUCUUCUUCCUCAGGCUCGGGGCUGCCCUACGCCUCCUCGCUGGGCUAUCCCGGCGCCGGCGGGGCGGGCGCCUUCCACGGGGCCGCCGCUGCCGCCGCCGCCGCCGCUGCCGCCGCCGGGGGGCACACGCACUCGCACCCGUCGCCCGGUAACCCGGGCUACAUGAUCCCCUGCAACUGCAGCGCCUGGCCCGGCCCGGGGCUGCAGCCGCCGCUGGCCUACAUCCUUCUGCCGGGCAUGGGCAAGCCCCAGCUGGACCCUUACCCCGCAGCUUACGCCGCGGCCCUAUGACCCGCGGCCGAGGGAUGCCCGCUCAGAGCCCCGGCGCCCGCCUGGAUGGGUGCCGGUGCAUACGUGCGGCCGGGGAGGGGGCGAUCCGCCGCCGGGGCCGCGGGGAGGGGGGGGGUCCCGGGGCCGGGGCAGGCGGCGGUGGUGGGAAGCGCCGGGGCCGCAGCCGACCUGUUGCGCGUCGCCCGCCGAGGGGCGAGUCCCCGCCCGCCGCCCCGCGUAGAGCUUGUGUGUGUUGCAUGCGGUCUUUGCAGAUAGCCGAGCUGAAAAAGAAGAGAAAAAAAGAAAAAAGAAAAAAAAAAGAAGAAAAAAAAUAUCCGACCCGCCCUGCCCCCAAAAGUGCUUAAUCGGGACAGACACGGGGAGCUCCCUCCGCCGGCUUCUCCUCGCCGCGCUGCUCUUUCUUCGGCCGCGGGCUUUCCGCUCCCUCCCUCCGCUCCCCACGUCCCACGCGGUGCCGACUCGGAAAAGUCCCGCUGCAGCACCGCAGCCGCCGAAAAGGGGGGGGGGGGGGCGAGAAGGCGGGGGAGAGGCCCGGUCGUGGUGGGGCAGGGCGAGGUGCGGCCCCCGUAAAGGAGAGGGCCGCUGUGUGCGUGGUUCGUAGCCCCUCGCGGUCGAGCGGGAGCGGGAACCACGGAAAGAAAGAGUCAGCGGUGUGGGAUGCUGCCCGUCCCCCUCCGCGACCUGUCCCGCGUGGGUUCCUGCCGUCCGGGACGCUGACAGGCGCGGGUCGUGAUUUCCACGAGAGGAAAGACGCGUGGCUCUCGGUCCCCGUGUCGUCGUCCCUCCCCCCUCCAGUCAUUAAGUCUCACCCUCAGACUGUAAAUUUGUAUAUCUCUGUGGAAACGUUAGAUCUCGGAUUGAAAACUCUGUUACUUACUUCGCCUACGGUCGAUUCAGUUUUAACCUGAGGAAAGAAAAAAAAAAAAAGAAAAAGAAAAAGAAAAACAAAAGGAAUGCCUUUCAAAGGGAAUAAGAAUAUUGCGGGACCGCUCGGGGAUCGCAAUAUUAUCUAAGCUUAAAUCAGACUUUUUUGUCUGAGUGAUAAUUAUCUAUUUAUUAUUUAGCUGAACUGAAACAGAGCUUUGCUUUGACAGAAGAGUAUUCUCAUUUAAAAGAAAAUCCGUCUCCCCCGCCAACAUGAAGUGUUUCACAUGUGUUUUGGAGUACCCUAUCUGUUUAGCUUAUUUUAGAGCGACUGCAAUUCAAUUGCAAAUGGCGAUUAAAAAAAAAAAAAAACAAAAACAAACCAAACAACAAAUUUUAGAGAAAAAGAUCCUUCAUCAGUUUAGAGUUCUUUUUUGGUUUACUUUUGUAAUGUGUAUAUUUUGACUAAUGUUUGUGAAUGAAGCUGGCUAACAUGUAUUUAGUUUCAUUUUGGCUUUAUGUAAUAUAAAGUAAAAAAAAAAAAGAUUAAGUAUUGGUUUUAACAUUUACGUGUAAAUGGUUUUCUUGUGUGAUCUUCUAAUUUAAAGUUAGACGUCUAAACUAUAUCUGUAAAUUAGAUUCCGACUACCACUCUGUUCAUUUUUGAACAAAGAGUUUAAAUAAAGCCUGAA